CAUGACCACUCCUUUUGCACUCACAAAGAAGUUCUUCCGGUAAUGACAGUCGUGGGAUACUGUUGAACAUGGCGAAUAUAGCGGCUGCUGUUGUUGCCGCCGCUGGUAGAGAUCCUGCUGUUGAUCGGUCUCUUCGUUCGGUGUUUGUGGGAAACAUUCCUUAUGAGGCCACAGAGGAGCAACUGAAAGACAUCUUCUCAGAAGUCGGCCUGGUCGUCAGCUUUAGAUUAGUGUAUGACAGAGAAACGGGGAAGCCCAAGGGCUAUGGCUUCUGUGAGUAUCAGGACCAGGAGACGGCCCUUAGUGCCAUGCGGAACCUGAACGGGAGAGAGUUCAGCGGCAGAGCCCUCCGAGUGGACAACGCUGCAAGCGAGAAGAACAAGGAGGAGCUUAAGAGUUUGGGUACAGGUGCCCCUGUCAUUGAGUCUCCCUAUGGAGAUGGCUGCCAGCCUGAGGAAGCCCCAGAGUCCAUAAGUCGCGCUGUGGCCAGUCUGCCCCCAGAACAGAUGUUUGAACUGAUGAAGCAAAUGAAACUGUGUGUGCAGAACAGCCCCCAGGAGGCCCGGAACAUGCUGCUGCAGAACCCCCAGCUGGCCUACGCCCUGCUCCAGGCCCAGGUGGUCAUGAGGAUCGUCGAUCCCGAAAUCGCUCUGAAAAUGCUUCACCGUCAGACGCCGGUUCAGCCCCUGAUCGCCAGUAGCCAGGCUGGUGCAGUGCCAGUGCCCAGCCAGCCCCUGCCCCAGCCCAACAUCCCCGUCUCUCAGCCUCAGCCGAUGCCAGGCAUGCACGUGAACGGCGCCGCCCAGAUGAUGCAGCCCCCUCAGAUGGUGGCUGGCGUGACGGGGCCGAUGCCCGGACAGGGGCCGCUGGGCCCUGCAGUCGGGAUGCAGCCCCAGAUGGGUAUUCCCCAGGGAGGUCCAGUUCCCAUGGAUAGGGGCCAAGGAAACCCUCAGCACUCUCCUGUAGGACCGUCAGGGCAGGCCGCUAUCGAUCGGUCACAAGUAUGUGCCUUUCAGAAACCUGUUGCGUCAGAACCCAGUGAAGUGCCCAUGGCGGACCCACGGGCCCCUAUGCGUGGGGGUGUCCCUCCGGGGCCUGCUGUAGUGGCCCCCAGGGGCCUGCUGGGGGAUGGCCCCAACGACCCGCGAGGUGGCACUCUGCUUUCCGUGACCGGGGAGGUGGUGGAGCCCAGCCGGGGAUUCAUGGGAGCCCCUCCACACCAGGGCCCCCCCAUGCAUAUGGCCCAUGUCGGGAGCGGACCCCCACCUGAUAUGCGAGGACCCCAUGAUAUGAGGGGUGCCCCAAUGGGUGAGCCGAGGGGCAUGAUGGGCGAGCCCAGGGGACCCAUGAUGGAACAGAGGGGGCCACCCAUGGAUGCCAGAGCGCCCAUCCCCGGGGCCCGGGACCCCAGGGCGGUGGAGACCCGCAGUCUGGACGCCAGGGGCCCAGUGCCUGCCCAGAGGGGGCCCAUGGCAGCGGGAAUGCAGGGCCCCGGCCAACACGCCAUGCAGGGCCCUGGGCUUUCGGGAGUUCCUCAGACGGGCGGAGGCGGAGGAUUCAGCCCCGGUCAAAGUCAGGUCACCUCUCAGGACCAUGAAAAGGCUGCCCUGAUCAUGCAGGUGCUGCAGCUGACCGAGCAGAUAGCCAUGCUGCCCCCCGAGCAGAGGCAGAGCAUCCUCAUCCUGAAGGAGCAGAUCCAGAAGACCGCGGGCGCGCCCUGA